CUCCCUCCGUUCCCAAUGAUAUUAAGUCUCUGCAAUUCGCCAAUGUCUCUCUCAAAUUGACACUCAUUUCACAUGGAAAUUCAUAUUUUUCCCAUCACACCCUGUUACCAACCCUGGUCCUCCCGUUUCCUUUUCUUCUUCCAAAAGAAUUUUUUCAUCAUUUCAUUUAUGCUAUAACCCAAUUUUCACACCCUUUGAUUUUCUAGAAAAAUUCCCCUAACCCCACAAUCAGUUUGCUCCAAAAAUUUAAUCUUUUAAAGGUUUUCUCGAAACCUUGUUGUUGAGUGUUGAAGGCAGUCAUGCCUCCUGUGGUAUUAGAAAUAAGCUCUGAUGAAGAGGAGGGUUUGGAGCAGAGUCUUACUGCAAUAGACUACAGCUGGAUUAGAGAUAUUUUGUCUGAUGAUUCAGACGAAGUUGAGGUAAUUGAGGAGAAGAAGCCAACUUUGGUCACAAAAAAUAUGCAUGAUGAUGAUGAUGAUGACGAUGAAGAUGAAGACGAUGAAGAUGAUUGUAUCAUCUUGGAAGGUGACCCUGAAAAGGGUGCCUCUGUGGUAGAGGAAGCAACUGAUUCAGAUGAAUUGCUUGUCAUAGGGGAAAAGGGUCCGAUUGCAUGUCGAGACUAUCCUCAUGCUCGGCAUCUUUGUGCCACAUUUCCAUUCUCUUCCACCCCACAUGAGAGGCACUGUAGUCAGUGUCACUGUUAUGUAUGUGACUCUAUAGCCCCAUGUCUCAAGUGGGGCACUGGCAGUUUGGGUUCAGAUCAUUGUCAUGCAAAUGAUAAAACUGAGCAGUGGAAAAUUCAGAGAAAAACAUCGAAGCUUGGCCAGAGUUCUCCAGUACCAGCUUCAACUAAUUUUGGUACUUCACUCGAACCAGGGAAUCUCCAGUCUAACGAAUUUCAGCCUCCUGGUAUUAUUCGCUUGUCACCAAAUUCUGUAUUGCCGAGUCAAGUGUCUAGAUCCACUGCAUUGCACACUAUCUCCUCACUCAACUCCAUACCUCAUAUCCAAACCUCUCUGUCAACAAUAACGCGUCCUCUCUCCACCUCUUCACCAAAUUCCAGUGUGCAGAAUCAGAUCUCUAGGCCUAUUAACACCACUACAAUGUCCACAGGCACCAACAUAACAGUGCCAAAUGGUGCAAACCUUGGUAGGUCUCAGGAAUCAAGAUCUACUUUGAUGAUAAACAGAUACCAGCCUCACUCGGUAUCGAGGCCGGUGCUGAGUGUACGAAGUCACCCCAUCCAGAAGGAGCGAGGAAACAGCGCAAGCAAUUUAAGACCUCAGCUCCUUCGUCCUCAUAUGUCCAAGGGUGCAGAUAGUGCUGGGAACACCCUGAUGACAAAUAAUUCUUCCCAGAGAUCAUCUGCCUUCAAUAGUCAUGUUAACAUGACACAACAUCCCAAUUAUCAUAAUGCAGCAAGAUUUCCAAAUUACGGAAAUUGCAUUCGGCCAUAUCAACCCACAAAUAUACCAUUUUACUUGCAGCAGAGCUCUGAACCGGCUAGCUUGAGUUGUGUUAACCAGCAUACUGUGGCUUCUGAAACACAAGCAAAUACCCAGCCACUACCCCAACCAAAUGAUAGUCAGGAUUUCCAUCAAACUUGUAUCCAAGUAAAUGAUGGCACUCUUUCAAGUUAUGCACCAUGCCUGAAUGAAAAUGAGCCUCAAAUCAGAAGUCAAGAUGGAAAUGCUGAUGGAAAUACUGCACAAUUUGGAACUGCAAGUCAAGAUACUAGCCAACCACAACCACAUGUAGAGCCGCCAAUGGAAACUGUUGGAAGUUUUUCAGCAUUUGACUCAUGUUGGAAUGAUAAUACUGGUCAAAGCAUUCUACAAAGCUCAGGAUCUGCAAAUGGUGCUCCACCUGCAGGAAGCCAUGCACCUCUAAUUGAAUACCCUCAAUUAUCCAAUUCACUUGUUGAUUUUGAAAGUUGGCUUUUCGAAAGAAACUCUUUUCCAGCAGUAACAAAUGAGUUUUUGUCGUCUGAUCCUUUGUCACCUGAUCCGAUUAUACCAUCUCCGAAUCUUGACUCAGAUGAUAUGGGUAAUGUUUUACAUUAUCUUGAUGGUGAUUGAGUUCAAGGUGAUGUGUCAAUAUCUCUAGUUCACAUCAAUGAAAGUGUUUAGAAUUUGUUAGCUUCUGAAUGAUGCAACUGUUACUACUCAAUUUUGUGCUGAUAUUUAUGACUUGCUCAGUUGAGUAAUAUAUGGCACAUUUCAUUUUGAGGCUGUUUGACUUGUGUUAAGAGCUAAACAUGUUAGAUGUUCCCUUAUUCCCAUAGUUGAUUUGUUGACAGAAUAGUUGUUAGCAUUGGCAAAAGCUAGUUUAGUUUUACUUUAUUUUGUUAAAUAUAGUGACUAUAAAGUGUUUGGGUAUCUACCUAGUGUAUAUACCUCUGAGAGUAAUGUGUGUGAACACAAGAUCAAAUUCAGUAAAGCUAACAAAUAGUGUUCUAUCUUA